AUAAAUACAAUCAAAAUUAGAUGCAUAUAUUUAUGAAAUUAUAGAAUCACUUAGACACCAGAACACAGUUAUGUUUUGGUUUUGAAGGAUACAAAUAUUGAUGUCCCGUGAUCUCUGCCAGGCUGGUCAGGGGCACCAUGUCUGGCCGGGACACACCAGAGAGUGACCAGCACAAGGACCUCAAUAGGAAAGUAGUGGCCUCUGGGGUAGACCAAGUCCCUGCUUCCCUCCCACACCCAGACGCAAUUAGUGAUCAGGUAGCACAAGAUAGAAGGGGGACGAUGAGAGAAACUCAUGUAAAUACUCAAAACUUAGUCAAAUCUGAUGGGAAUUGUACUGAAAGUUCAAAAGCUCUGGAUACUGAAGGAAAAGGUGUAUCAUGCAUCCAGCCAGAGAGAGUUGGAAUCCUUACCUUAGGGGACGAUAAAGCUGAAAAUGCAGAAAGUGACAGUUCUUCCAUCACAACCUCCGAGGAUAAGACUGGGGAUGCUGUAACGCACGUCUUUUCCAUUCGCUUGACUAAGGAGGACAACCAUGAAGAGCCACAACCUGGAUUAGAUGCUGAAUCUCAACCGGCAGCCUUAGAAACAGCCAACACCCAGGUUCCUCCUCCUCUUGAUGCAACACCAGGCAAACCCAGAGCCAAGGGUAAAAGACAGAAGGGUUUUGGUGCGGCAAAGGAUGGCAAGGACUCUGAUUCCUCUGUGUCAUCAAGGAAGAAGACAUCAAAGAGCAAAGCAAAGAUUAAGUCUAAGUUUGCACCUGGAAGUCUAGAAUACAUUGAGGAACGACUGUGUGGGCGAAUCUUCUCAGGCUGGGUAGAGGAACGACAGUGGGUGGAGAGUUUAAGUGGGUACAGGGAUGUCAUAGAAGUGGAUGAGUGGGAAGUGGAGAUGAACCAUCAGCUACAGGCCAUAAUCUCCAGCAUUCAAGGCGUGCAGGAGGGAACUAAGUGGAUCAACAUUACUUCCCCCAGUGAUACACCUUACUACCGGCUGUGGGUGUUGCUGGAGGCACCCCCAACUCCUGGCCACUACUGGUACAUCGUCAAAGGGGUAAAGUUGCAGCCUCAAUUUGGUCUCAUGAUCUUGGUGAAAGAAAUCAGGACUAUUCACCCUCAUGAUGGCGAACUGGCGGCAGCAAGGCGAGCACGUAUUAAGAAAGCUUCCCAAGGUGAAUCAAGGAAUGAACUAGAGAGUAUGAGUGACUUAGUUCAGGACUGGAUGCAUCAGCUCUCCAGUCUGAGGCCAGCCACUAUCCUCUCAGCGAUCACCUCAACGUUGACUUUAUCCAAUAUCAAGGAGGCAAUUAGGUUCCUUGUUGUGCUGGUAAUGACAGUGGUGAUAGGUCUGGUAACCUUUGUGAGAGAGUUUCAUGUGGUGGGGUUACGGUUCAUCAGAGAGGCGGGGAUCUUCUUCCACAAUGCAACACCUUUCCUUCAGACUUGUUUAGGAUUCUUUGAAAAAAUAGUUGGUGGCCUGUACCUGCUGGUGGCAAUGGUGUACCGGGACUUCCGCCGGCCCAGCGCUCCACCAGCUUCCUUUGGUCCUCCUCCCGCAGCCCUUACCUCCAGUCCCCCACCUAGACCUCCUAGUGGCCCUAGAGCAAUACAGUAUGUUUCCCCACAGCGCUGGGUUGUCAAAACACAAAAUAACGAGUUUACCUAAUCUUGGAGGCUUUUAGGAGACUAUAUCCAAAUGUAUGUGAUAAAUACAUAUAUCUUAUAUUUGAUGUGGCCUGAGUUACAGGUGGGUGUAGUGUAGGUGUGCACUUCUUGCACAAUAGUUGUUUUGGCAAUGCAGUGUGACUUUUGGUACCUGUGAGAUAGUCAUUGAUUGUAUUUUAAUUAUUGGGAUGUGGUUUGUUAUUUUGUACACUGACAACAUAUAUUUUUUUCCCAGGCUGUACACUGCAGCACUAACUUUCUGUAAUAAUGAUUUUUAAUUAGCACUGCAUGUCAUUACCUCUUAUUUCUAUGUGACAGAAAUUGUCUUUUCCCGUUAAGUGAAUGUGAAUUAUUAGUGUGGCUUACUAA